AUGGACUCCGACGCCAACGACAACGACUCGCAAACGGUCUAUGAACCGACGCCCAUGGAGAAAGUCUCCCAUGAUGACGUCGAAUGGUCUAUGAAGUCUGAAGUGGUGGAGUACAAAGAGAGAGACAAGGCAUCUGGCUUCCCUGACAGAGAGCUUGGUGUUACUUGGACCAAUCUCACUGUCGAUGUCAUUGCUGCUGAUGCCGCUAUCCACGAGAAUGUCCUGUCACAGUACAACAUCCCCAAGCUCAUCAAAGAGUCUCGCCAAAAGUCUCCUCUCAAGACCAUCCUCGACAACAGCCAUGGCUGCGUCAAGCCUGGUGAGAUGCUCCUUGUUCUCGGCCGUCCUGGCUCAGGCUGCACCACACUUCUCAACAUGAUUGCCAACAAGCGACGAGGAUAUGCCAACAUCAAGGGUGAUGUCCACUAUGGAUCCAUGACUGCCGAAGAGGCCAAGACCUAUCGAGGUCAGAUCGUCAUGAACACUGAGGAGGAGGUCUUCUACCCUGCUUUGACUGUUGGUCAGACCAUGGACUUUGCAUCUCGACUCAAGGUGCCUUUCCAACUCCCCAAUGGUGUCAACUCGCACGAGGAGCUGAGAGUCCAGACAAGAGAUUUCCUGCUCAAGUCUAUGAGUAUCGAGCAUACUAUCGACACCAAGGUUGGUGAUGCAUUCAUUCGUGGAGUCUCUGGAGGAGAGAGAAAGCGAGUCUCCAUCAUCGAGACUCUGGCAACUCAAGGCUCAGUCUUUUGCUGGGACAACUCAACCCGUGGCCUCGAUGCCAGCACUGCUCUCGAGUACACCAAAGCCAUCCGUGCCAUGACCGAUGUGAUGGGUCUCGCCUCCAUCGUCACCCUCUACCAAGCAGGCAACGGUAUAUACGAUCUUUUCGACAAGGUCCUCGUGCUUGACGAAGGCAAGGAAGUCUACUACGGUCCUCUCAAGGAAGCCAAGCCCUUCAUGGAGAGCAUGGGGUUCAUCUGCCAACACGGCGCCAACGUCGCAGACUACCUCACCGGUGUCACAGUCCCAACCGAGCGACAGAUCCACCCCGAUCACCAGAACCGCUUCCCACGCACUGCAGACGCUCUCCGAGCAGAGUACGAGAAGUCGCCCAUCUACGAGCGUAUGAAGUCUGAGUACGACUAUCCUACCUCUGCGAUCGCCGACGAAAGGACGAAGCAGUUCAAACUGGGUGUCCGCCAGCAGAAGGAUCAGAAGCUCCCCGAUAGUAGUCCCAUGACAGUUGGGUUCAUCUCACAGGCCAAAGCUUGUGUGAAGCGUCAGUACCAGAUUGUCCUCGGAGACAAGCCUACCUUCUUGAUCAAGCAGCUUGCCAUGAUCGUGCAGGCUUUGAUCGCUGGCUCUCUGUUCUACAAUGCCUCUGAUGACUCAAGCGGUCUUUUCACCAAAUCAGGCGCUGUCUUCAUCGCUCUUCUAUGCAACUCCCUGGUCUCAAUGUCCGAGGUCACUGACUCUUUCACUGGACGUCCUGUUCUUCUCAAGCACAAAUCCUUUGCCAUGUACCACCCUGCUGCUUUCUGUAUCGCUCAGAUUGCUGCUGAUAUACCUGUGAUUCUGUUGCAGGUCAGCACCUUUUCAGUGGUUGAGUAUUUCAUGGUUGGCCUUACCGCCACAGCCGGACACUUCUUCACCUUCUGGGUUCUUCUCAUCUCAAUCACAAUCUGUAUCACGGCCCUUUUCAGAGCUGUCGGAGCGGCUUUCAGCACCUUUGAUGCUGCUUCCAAGGUUUCGGGUUUUCUCAUCAGCGCCACGAUCAUGUACUCUGGCUAUCUCAUUAGCAAGCCUUUGAUGCAUGAUUGGUUUGUCUGGCUCUUUUGGAUCAACCCCUUGGCUUACGGCUUCGACGCUCUUCUGUCAAACGAGUUCCAUGACAAGAUCAUUCCUUGUGUUGGGCACAGUCUCGUACCCAGUGGUCCUGGCUUCACCAAUGGCGAUCACCAGGCUUGUUCUGGAGUCGGUGGAGCCAAGGCAGGAGUGAACUUCGUUACUGGUGACGACUACCUGGCAUCUCUUUCGUACAGCCAUGACCACCUUUGGAGAAACUUCGGUAUUAUUUGGGCCUGGUGGGCGCUCUUCGUUGCCAUCACCAUCUACUUCACCACCAAGUGGCACGCCUCCUCCGAGGAUGGACCCAGUCUGGUCAUUCCUCGCGAGAACGCUCACAUCACCGCUGUUCUUCGCCAGUCUGAUGAAGAGGGACAGACAAAGGGUGAGAAGAAGAUCAUGGGCAGCAGUGAUGGUGGUGUUGUAUCUGGCGAUGACUCUGACACCAGUGGUGAGAUGGGUCUGGUCCGCAACACCUCUGUGUUUACCUGGAAGAACCUCAGCUAUACUGUCAAGACUCCUCAAGGUGAUCGCGUUCUUCUUGAUAAUGUUCAAGGCUGGGUCAAGCCGGGCAUGCUGGGUGCUCUUAUGGGUUCUUCAGGUGCUGGAAAGACUACACUGCUCGAUGUUCUGGCUCAACGCAAGACUGAGGGUACCAUUCGGGGCUCUAUCAUGGUUGAUGGCCGUCCCCUUCCGGUUUCUUUCCAACGUUCUGCAGGUUACUGUGAACAGCUCGAUGUCCACGAACCCUAUGCUACCGUCCGUGAGGCUCUGGAGUUUUCUGCCCUUCUGCGACAAAGCCGUGACACUCCUCGCGAGGAGAAGCUCAAGUAUGUUGACACCAUCAUUGACCUUCUGGAACUUCAUGAUCUUGCGGAUACCCUCAUCGGCCAAGUCGGCGCCGGUCUGAGUGUCGAACAGCGCAAGCGUGUUACUAUUGGUGUCGAACUGGUCUCGAAGCCUAGCAUCUUGAUCUUCCUCGACGAGCCUACUUCUGGUCUUGAUGGACAAUCUGCAUACAACACCGUUCGUUUCUUGCGCAAGCUGGCUGCCCACGGUCAAGCCAUCCUCGUCACCAUUCACCAGCCUUCUGCCCAGCUCUUCUCUCAGUUUGACACCCUUCUUCUUCUCGCUAAAGGUGGUAAGACAGUGUACUUUGGCGACAUUGGCGAGCAUGGUAGCACGGUUACUGGCUACUUUGGCCGCUAUGGAGCUCCUUGCCCAGAACAUGUCAACCCUGCCGAGCACAUGAUUGACGUCGUCUCUGGACAUCUCUCGCAAGGCAAGGACUGGAACCAGGUCUGGUUAUCUUCCCCUGAGCACGAUGCUGUUGAGAAAGAGCUCGACGGCAUCAUCAGCGAAGCUGCUUCCAAGCCCCCGGCCACUACCGACGAUGGACACGAAUUUGCUACCUCUCUGUGGGAGCAGACCAAGCUCGUCACCCAUCGCAUGAACAUCGCCUUGUAUCGCAACACAGACUACAUCAACAACAAGUUCGCUCUCCACUUGUCCUCUGCCCUCUUCAACGGCUUCAGUUUUUGGCAGGUUGGAUCGUCUGUCGCUGAACUUCAAUUGAAGUUGUUCACGGUCUUCAACUUCAUUUUUGUCGCUCCCGGUGUCAUGGCUCAGCUUCAACCGUUGUUCAUCCAUCGUCGAGACAUCUUCGAGACCCGUGAGAAGAAGUCAAAGAUGUACUCUUGGGUCGCUUUCGUGACUGGCCUGAUUGUCUCGGAAGUCCCUUAUCUGAUCAUUUGUGCCGUCAUCUACUACGUCGCCUGGUAUUACACCGUCGGUUUCCCAAGUGAUUCUACUCGUGCUGGCGGCACGUUCUUUGUCAUGCUUAUGUAUGAGUUCAUCUACACUGGCAUUGGUCAGUUCAUCGCUGCGUACGCGCCAAACGAGGUGUUCGCAUCACUGGUCAAUCCACUUCUCCUCACUGUCCUGGUGUCUUUCUGCGGUGUUUUGGUACCCUACUCCAGCAUCCAGGACUUCUGGAAAUACUGGAUCUACUACAUCAACCCUUUCAACUACCUCAUGGGUAGUAUGCUGACGUUUGACCUGUGGGGGUCUCCUGUCAAGUGCAAGGAAAGCGAGUUUGCUCGGUUCAGUCCUCCCAACGGCACUACAUGUGGUGAAUACCUCAAGGAGUGGCUUACACACGUGCCCAGCAAUCUGAUCAACCCUGAUGCGACCGACGAGUGUAAGGUGUGUACUUACAGCAAGGCUAAUGACUACCUCAAGACUCUCAGCCUCAAGUCGUACUCAUACGCCUGGAGGGACGCGGGCAUCACAGCUGCGUUUGUCUUCAGUUCGUAUGCUAUGGUUUACAUUCUCAUGAAGCUUCGAACCAAGACUUCUAAGAAGGCGGAGUAG